UUGGUCUUGUGAUCAUGUCCAUUUUCCACACCAAUCACCACCAACAACAAACAAGCAAAAAGGCUUUUGAAGGACUUCACCAUUCAGCAGUCGAUCACACGCCAUUCGGCAGGAGCCGAUCGAAAUUGCAGCUUGAUUUUCCUAUUCUUUCCCGAUUCAUAUGAAUUAGUAUUUCGUUACUAUACCCAGAUUCAUUUGAGGGUUUUCAGAUUGAUACACCAUUCUUAAGCUCAAUUAGUUAUCGCGUUAUUUUCCUUACGUUCUGUAAGCUUUUUCCCCUUUAGCAUAAAUACGCUGUUUGUUUGCUUUUUAAGCAUUGAUAGCCAUUAUUAUUCACCCAUAAAAAUAAUGGUGUGGCCAUUAAUCGAUUUUCACGGGUUUCCUUUGAAAGCAACCUAUUUUGAUAGUUUUGGUUGAUUGUUCAUAUGUUCUACUUUCAAUCAAACUGGUGGGUUAUUAAUGUGAUCCUGUUGAAAAAUGCAAAUUUUGUUUGAGAUUUAAUCAUUUAUUUCACUUUUUAGAGCUUUUUUGUCUGCAAGAUACUGGGGUUUUCUUCAUUAGAAAUGGGUAUUUCUGAAUCUUAGUACAGAUUUAUAGUUGGUUAUUGGGUGUGAAAAAAUGAAGAGACAUAAGGUGGAGCCUGUUGGUCCUAGGAGAUUUAGAUUGUCAUGCUUUUUGUUGGUUUUAGCUACACUGUACUUGGUUUUCAUUGCAUUCAAGUUUCCUCAACUAUUAGAAAUUGCUUCUGGGUUUAGUGGGGAUGAUAGCUAUGUUUUUGCUAAAGUAGGUGUACAUGAUGAAGAUGUGAGAAAAGGAUCUGCUAUUUCCAUGUAUAAGGAUUUUCAUCAUAGGAAAUUGGAGGAUAAUGUAAACCAGGAUGUAGAAUUAAUGUUGUUGGAACAUCAAAGACUUGGGUCUCAAUCUUUAAAACCCUUUAGAUAUCGGUAUGGUCGAAUCGCCAAUGAUUCGUCAAUGGAGAGGAAUGAUUCUAUCGAGUUGUCUGUUUUGGAGAAAAUGGCGGAUGAGGCUUGGACUUUAGGCUCAAAGGCUUGGGAAGAAAUAGAGAAUACUGAUUUUGCUGAUAUUAGUGAUAAAAUUGUUCUUGAUGGAAAACCGGAGUCAUGUCCUUCAUGGUUAGCCAUGAGUGGGGAGGAUUUGGUGAGUCAAGCCAAUAUCACAUUUCUUCCUUGUGGACUUAUUGCAGGCUCUUCUAUUACAGUAGUUGGUACACCACAUUAUGCUCAUCGAGAGUAUGUACCUCAGCUAGCAAAGUUCAGGAAUGGUAAUCCGUUGGUCAUGGUUUCGCAGUUCAGUGUAGAAUUGCAAGGGUUGAAGUCUGUGGAAGGGGAAGCUCCACCAAAAAUUUUGCAUCUUAAUCCUAGAUUGAGAGGGGAUUGGAGUCGCCGAGCAGUCAUUGAGCAUAACACCUGCUACAGGAUGCAAUGGGGAAAAUCUCAUAGAUGUGAUGGUUCUCCAUCAACCAGGGAUGAAGAUUUGCUCAUUGAUGGAUACAGGAGAUGCGAAAAAUGGAUGUCAAGUGAUGUGGUGGACCCCAAAGAGUCAAAAACAACCUCAUGGCUCAAGCGAUUUAUAGGCCGUAAGCAUAAACCAGAGCUUCUCUGGCCAUAUCCAUUUGCAGAGGGUAAAAUGUUUAUCCUUACCAUCCGUGCUGGCAUUGAAGGAUAUCAUAUCAAUGUUGGGGGUCGACAUGUUACCUCAUUUCCAUAUCGAAUGGGGUUCACUCUUGAAGAUGCAACUGGUUUAGCAGUUCAAGGUGAUGUGGAUGUUCAUUCCAUAUAUGUGACGUCGCUGCCUUCUACACAUCCCAGUUUCUCUCCCCAACGAGUUUUAGAGAUGUCCGAAAAAUGGAAAGCUUUCCCUUUGAACAAGAAACCUAUUAAACUAUUUGUCGGUGUACUAUCUGCGACCAAUCAUUUUGCAGAACGCAUGGCAGUUAGAAAAACAUGGAUGCAGUCCCUAGAGAUCAACUCUUCAAAAGUAGCUGUUCGAUUUUUUGUUGCAUUGAGUCAACGAAAGGAGGUUAACGCGAUUUUGAAGAAAGAAGCUGCUUAUUUUGGUGACAUUGUGAUUUUGCCUUUCCUGGAUCGUUAUGAACUUGUGGUUCUUAAAACAAUUGCAAUCUGUGAGUAUGGGGUUCAAAAUGUUACUGCUGAAUACAUAAUGAAAUGUGAUGAUGAUACAUUUGUGAGAUUCAACACUGUGCUGCAGCAAAUUCAGGCGUUUUCUCCAGAGAAGUCUCUUUACAUGGGAAAUUUGAAUCUCUUACAUCGACCUCUUAGACGCGGCAAAUGGGCUGUCACUUAUGAGGAGUGGCCGGAAGAAGUUUAUCCUCCUUACGCUAAUGGUCCAGCUUAUAUAAUUUCCAGUGAUAUUGCUAGGUUCAUUGGAGAUCAGCAUACAAACCAACGCUUAAAGUUGUUCAAGAUGGAAGAUGUGAGCAUGGGCAUGUGGGUUCAGCAGUUCAACAGUUCUCGUCGAGUCCAGUAUUCGCACAACUGGAAGUUUUGCCAGUAUGGAUGCAUGCAAGGGUAUUACACUGCACAUUAUCAGUCCCCAAGACAGAUGCUUUGCCUGUGGGAUAAUUUGGCCAAGGGCCGUCCUAAUUGCUGCAACUUUUGAUGAACCGGGUAAAAUACUGAUUCGAUAAAUUUGCAUCUAUCCAUUUUUCCGAGUGAUUUUCCGAGAAAGAUUGACAGAAUUUUGAUUGUUAGUAUCAGCCAGUAAAAGAACGAGUGUGGAAUUCGACUGAAAAUUAGUACCUGAUCUUGAUUCUGAUGUAUUCAUUCUGAUAUCUUAUGUGGUGAGGUCUGUUGUAUUCAUGCUGCUGUAUCACGAUCUCGCCCUAGCAAGACAAACUCGUUACUUUCUCUGUCCUUUUGAUUUUGCUACAUAAUAUGCUAAGUUUUCAGUUUGAUGCGGAUCAAAGGGACGGAGGAGAAGAUCUUACUGAAGGCCUGGUCACUUAUUUUGACGUGUCUUUAAGGCCUAUCAUUUGUAAUAGUUUUCUAAUUGUUGUAUGAACACAUUGUAGACUUUGUGGGAUUUAGGAUUUUUUUCAUUGCUAAAUAGAUUUGAAAUUACAAGGAAUAUAUGGUGGGGAAAGAAUUACUUGUUUUAAUUCCUUUAGAGUGUAACAUUAUGCAAACUUGUUAGAGUUUUUAAAAGAAAAUGUUGCUAUCUCAA